AUGGCUACCCCUCCCCCGCCUGGAAUAUACGUCCCCGUGCCGACCUUCUUUGUGAGCAAGAAGGCGGCCAACUACGACCCGGUCGCGGCGCCAAUAGACGUCAAAACGCAGAUAGCGCACUCGUUGUACCUGGCACGGUCCGGCAUCAGGGGACUGGUGAUCCUGGGCAGCACGGGCGAGGCAAUCCAUCUCACGAGCAAAGAGCGCUUUGAGGUCCUAUCUGGCGUCAGACAAGCCUUCGAGAAGGAGGGCUUCAAGGACUAUCCAAUUAUUGCUGGCACUGCGACGCAGAAUAUCGAAGAGACCGUCCAGCAGCUGAAGGAGGCUAAAGAGGCCGGCGCCCAGUACGGGUUAACCCUCGUUCCGGGAUACUUCGCCGGAGCGAGCACGCAGGAGGGCAUUAUUAGGUGGUUUACUGCGGUGGCUGACAGAAGCCCCAUACCAAUCUUGAUAUACCACUACCCGGGCGUAUCGAACAACGUCAAAGUCGUCCCAGCUACAUUCGAAACUCUAGCUAAACACCCCAACAUCGUCGGGUGCAAGCUCUCGCACGGCGACGUGUCGUACCACGCGCAGAUCGCGUCGAACCCGUCGAUCGACCACGCCAAGUUCGCCACGUUCACGGGCCUCGGGCAGCAGCUGCUCCCCGUGGUGACGGUGGGGGCGGCCGGGGCGAUCGACGGCAGCGCGGGGUUCUUCCCGAAGAGCGUGGUGCGGCUGUACGAGCUGGCGGCGAAGAACCGGCCGACGGACGAGGAGGUCCGCGAGCGCCGCCUGCUGCAGUUCAAGGUCAGUGCCGUGGAGGAGCUCGUGGUCAAGUUCGGCACCGUCGGCAUCAAGGAGGCCGUCAGCAGGCUGCGCAAGCUCGGCGAUCCCGACGGCACCCGGCUGCCCUUGUUCGGCGGGAUUCCCGGCGGGGAUGCCGAGUGGGCGAAGUGGCAGGUGCUUAUUGACGCGUUGGAGGAGGAGGAGCUGAAGCUGUGA